AUGUCAUCAAAGAGAUUAAUUCGAAAACAGUCCUUGAUAUCCAAGCUACAGUCAUUCCCCUUUGACUUUUAUCUUUACUUGAAUGAAUUACGAUUGUCAAUUGAUUGGGAUGAAUAUGCAAUUUCAAUAGGAUUACCCACAGGUAUUGGCAUAUGCUCAUUAUCAUUCAUUAUUCAGUCAAUAUUAUCUUAUUACAACACAAUCAACAAACGCUCCAAAAAUGUACUAUUCAAUUCAAACUAUUACCAGUAUGAGAAUUUGAAGUCAGUGGUUAACUCAAGACGACAAUUGCAUGAUUAUGAGAUUAAUACCUCAACUACUAAUACAAUAAUGUGGAUUCUUAAUGGAUUUCAAAGUUUAAUUAUAUUAAUAUCCAUUUUGAACUUAUUUUUGAUAUUCACUAGUAAGAGAGAUUACCAACUUUUAUAUCACAAGAUUAAACCGAAAUAUAAAUCAGCUGUUCACCCUGCAAAUCGAGAAUCAUACUUAUACUUGUUGUUGUAUCAUGUGGUGGAAUUUUUCUCAAAGGAUGAUGAAAAUGAGGAUGAAGAUUAUGAUGCGAUGGAUGAUACAAAUAGUAUAGAAGAUGGUGAAUCCUGGCAAUUACGAGUAUGGCAACCUUCAAAGUUUUCCUUAUACUUGUAUGUUGCAUUAAAUCCGAUUAAUAACGUUAUCAUUGGCAAUUUCACUUUACAAUUUUCAUCAUUGAGUAUCAUUGGUUUAUUGGUGCUCGUUUCAUAUUCCAACUACAAAAUAAUUGACCACUUCUUAGGUUUAAUUCAAGAUAAACAAAUCAUAUACCAAGAGACAUUUAAAGAAUUUAAUAGCAAGUUUGUUAAACCAAAGACAAAUAUUUUGAAAAAAGAUGCAAUGGUUGAUGCUACAUUGGGUCCGUUGUACUCCUCCGUUUUGGUUAAUCACCAACCAUACACUUUCACUAAACUGAAGGUGUUUACCACCCAUGAUUCGAAGGGAAAAGAAGUGAAGGAAUUUGUUGAGGUUGAACACGAAGGGCCCGGAUAUCAAGAUGAAAUGUACAGACAUGUAAGCAGGUCACAAAGCCGUCCUAUAAGUCGGUUAUCCAGUCGCCAAUCGAGUAUCUAUGACCACGCAGAAAUACAAACACUUCCACCAUUUGCUUUCCGCAGGGGGCAUGAAUAUGCAUCAUCGACACCUUAUCAAGGUCAACAACACUCAUCAUUCAGUCGCAUGCAACAAAGUCCAAGUCCUUCGCGAUAUUCCAAUAACGCCAGUUACAAUAGGUCACCGAGUCCAACUAGAAGUGCAUUGAAUCAUAGGAUGAGUCCUCAAAGACUAUCACCAGGUAAACCCGAUUUGGCCCAUCCAAGAAGAGAUAGUGUUGUAAAUUCCAGUUUACAUAGCUCACCUUCGUUUCAUCGAUCGCCGUCGCCACAUAGAAGUUCAGUCUUCUAUCGCAGUCCAUCACCUUCUCGGCCUACUGAUACAAGUAGAAAGCCAGGUUGGAGAUGA